UAGGUGAGACCAGGCUCUCCGGAAGUGAUUUUCCGGAAGAAGCAUGGCUGCUCCCUAGAUCUGGCCAGGCUUUGCAUUCUGAACCGCGGACGCCAUGCAGUCAGAUGAUGUUAUCUGGGAUACACUAGGAAACAAGCAGUUUUGUUCCUUUAAGAUUAGAACUAAGACUCAGAGUUUUUGCAGAAAUGAAUAUAGCCUGACUGGACUGUGUAAUCGGUCGUCUUGUCCCCUGGCAAACAGUCAGUAUGCCACUAUCAAAGAAGAGAAAGGACAGUGCUACUUGUAUAUGAAGGUUAUAGAGCGAGCAGCUUUUCCUAGGCGUCUCUGGGAACGGGUCCGGCUUCAUAAAAACUAUGAGAAAGCACUGGAGCAGAUAGAUGAAAAUCUAAUUUACUGGCCCCGUUUCAUUCGACACAAGUGUAAGCAGAGAUUCACCAAGAUCACCCAGUACCUAAUUCGAAUUAGAAAACUUACACUAAAGCGACAGAGGAAACUUGUUCCCUUGAGUAAGAAGGUGGAACGGAGGGAAAAAAGAAGAGAGGAAAAGGCAUUAAUAGCUGCUCAGCUGGAUAAUGCUAUUGAAAAGGAAUUGCUGGAGAGACUGAAACAAGAUACGUAUGGUGACAUCUACAACUUCCCCAUUCAUGCUUUCGACAAGGCCCUGGAACAGCAGGAGGCAGAGAGUGACUCUUCAGAUUCUGAGGAAAAAGAUGACGAAGAUGAAGAAGAUGUGGGGAAGAGAGAGUUUGUGGAAGAUGAUGAGGUGGAGGAGAGUGACAUAAGUGAUUUUGAGGAUAUGGAUAAACUGGAUGCCAGCAGUGAUGAAGAUCAGGAUGAUAAAUCCUCCAUCGAGGAAGAAGAAAAGGCCCUUGAUACCAGACAUAAAGGCAAAACACCCUUGAAAGGACCCUUGCGGAGAAAACGAGCCUAUGUGGAGAUAGAGUAUGAGCAGGAGACAGAGCCUGUGGCCAAGGCCAAAACAACGUGACUUUUCUUUGGACAUUUAUAAAUAGGACUGAACAUUUUCAGCAUCCUCCUUUCUUUUACCAUAAACGUGCACACCUCCAGUUUUAGCUUUCAUAUAGUACUUAACACAAUAUUUGUGUUUUUAAUAUUUAUGCUACUUCUGUGGGGCACGAAAUCUGGGAGGGAGCGGAGGAAGCCUUAAGUUGUGAACAGAGUAUUUUUAUAGCGUUGGCAUAUGCUUUGAAGUAACAGCUUGAGCCCAAGAAGCUUAACAGAUGAAUUUGUGGGUAUAAAUAUUUCUAAAUUUUAAAUGCUAUCCACCCGUUUCCUUGGCGUCCUCCCCUCCAAUCCCCCAACUUUAUUUAGAAAUGCCCAGACUUCAUUUUUUUUCUUGUUCUCUUUUCCCUACUUCUUUGGGAAUAAAAGAAGGAAAAAGAAGGUCUAAGUUAUAA